GAAAGAGAAUGUGUAUGUAUGUAUCAUGUAUCUAUCUAUCAUCAUCAAUAGUUGUAUAGUUACUCUCAUCAUCACCUUCAAAUUCAAUCAAAAUUUCUCAUCUUUAUUUUAAACAAAACAAAAAAAGUGUGUACAGAUGCUUUGCAAAUGGGAAAAUCACAACAAACCCAAUUGCCAAUACAACAACAACAACAUCAAAAUGAUGAUCAAAAUCAAGAUGGGUGUUGUUUUUUUGACAUUGGUUUUUCAAGAUUCACUCAUUUGUUUAGUUUCAAGUGUGUUUUUGUGUUGUUGUUAAGUGUUUCUGUUGUUCUCACUGCUGUUUUUUCAAUCUUGCAUUUGCAUCAUAUACAACUUGGUUUUGAUGCCAAAGCUUCUAUCAAGAAUAGUGCCACGAUACAAGCAUACUUCAGAUUACAAAAGUCUGUUUCAUAUCUUCUACCACAAAUCAGGAGACUAGAGUAUGAUAUUUACGCGGAAAUAGGAGUUCCUUACACACAGGUUUCUAUCUUAUCUUUGCACAAAGCAAGUAAAUCUAACUGGACCCAUGUGGUGUUUGGCGUUCGUCCUGAUCCCAUGAACUCUACAAUAAAUCCUGUGUCUUUAAGUAUGUUGAGAUCAUCUUUACUUGAUCUGUUCAAUCAACGGCCAAACUUGACUUUGACCACAUCCAUUUUUGGUGAACCGUCUUUGCUUGAUAUUAUCAAGUUUCCUGGUGGGAUCACAGUUAUUCCUAAGCAAUCUCCAUCCAUAUGGAUGCCAAGGCAAGCCUUUUUCAAUUUCACCCUUCCUAAUUCUGUGAGAGAAAUCGAAGAAAACUUUGGUGAGUUGAAGGAGCAACUAAAGUCAGGAUUGCACCUAAAGCCUUAUGAGAGUGUAUAUAUACAAGUAACCAACAAAGCCGGUUCAACAAAAGAUCCCCCAGUUACAGUCCAGGCAUCGAUUGUGUCAGAUUUAGGCAACCUUGUGCCUCUAAGAUUGAAACAAUUGGCCCAAACAAUCACAGGAUCACCCCCAGCUAGAAAUCUUGGCCUAGAUCACUCUGUUUUUGGCAAUGUAAAAGAAAUCAGGUUAUCGUCUUAUCUAUAUCAUACCCUUGAUGCCCCUACCCCUUCACCUACACCAGCUCCAGAAUUAAACGAUUACGCGAGACCCAUUACUCCCCCGUCUCCACCUAUUUCUCCAUCUCAGCAUUCACAACAUUCAUCUCCGUGUUCUAAUUGCGUGUUUUCUACACCAAGCCCUGAAAACGGGCAUGAACCAUCUUCACCACCUCUUCCAAAUGCCCCACCACCUUCACUGGGCCGUUCUUGUGGUGGGUUUCAAAUCUUGCCAGCCCCGUCACCAAGGUAUGUAUCACGUCAUCAUUCUAAUAGUCCGCCGCCUUUGUAUCAAAAGUUAGAAAUACCUCCUAGUCUUUCUCCGUUACCAGUUGUAUCCUAUGCCUUGCGCGUAGAUCAAGUAAAAGUGGAUCUGAAAGAUUCAGCUCCUCCAGCAGUUUCGGUCUCACCAUACAUGGCUUCUUCAGCAACGAGUUCUUUCAAUUACAUAGCCGGGCCUCUGUUCAUCUUUACACUCAUGAUACUCCAAACUUUAUAACUCAGCCACACGCACUGACUUACGCACAAACACACAUCAAUACAAACACAGAUUGAUACAUACACAAACUGUACAUGAACCAGAAAAAAGUAGCAGGUCAAAGCCAAACAGUGGCAGGCCUCUUUCUGUUCCACGUUGUGGGGAAUGUUUCCCGAAGGGAAUCCUUCUUUCGGAUGGUGGCUAAUUGAGAAGUCUAACGUCUCCAUGCCGUGCUAGCAGGUCACAACAAAAGUUGUAACUUAUGUUGGUUGUUUUUGAGCUAAAGAAACAUGAUCAUAACUCUAUUGUUAAAAAACCAAUGUGGAAAAGUGAGAUGCCUACAUAUAAUAUAAAACUUAAUAUGCUAUAUGACAUUA